GUCUCUCCAUGCAAUACACGGUUUUCUAGAGCGGGGAAAUUUCCAUGGCUCUGUUCUCAAACUUCUCCGGCUGUAUUUCAGAGUCUUUUGGAUCGAAAAAACGUGUUUGCCAAGGAGAUGUUUGUGUUCUCAGACAGCCGAUGAAAGCUGGGGGGAAGACAUUGAUGAAGAAGUGGAGGCAGAGGGUUUGAAUUUCUUUGGCUUGUGUUUCUUUGAGAAGGUUUCAUGCCUUCAAAUGCCUUGCAAUUAAACAUCAUGGAUGAUGGCUUAUGCUCAUUUCAGUUUUUUGUAUCCCUUGUCAAUUUGAUUCAACGGGGAGAUGUAGAUGUUUCCGCAUGUUGAUCGUUGUUUCUGAUUUGAUGUUUCCAGUUGCCAAAUCAUGCAGGAAAGAAUGUAAACUUCUUCAUUGUAUCAUCUAAAUCAUAAAAUGGUCUUUCUCAC